GAUCGAGCGAAGUGACAGAUGUGUCAAACGAUCGACAGAGCAAAACAUAACGUGAAGUUUGUUGUCAUUUCGCGGUGGGAAAAAGAUAAUUAGUUUAACAGUUAAACAAUCACGAGCAAACACAAAUUGAAUUAUUCUAGUUAUCACAGAUCAGUAUCACAAAACGAUUACCUAAACCUAUAAGAGAAUUGCGUUGAAAUUGAUCCUAAGUACGUGUCGGAAAUACCGAAAUUUCUAAAAGCUGAUUCGCACCAAAAUUGGAGUUUGCGAGCUGCUUUAUACGAUUUCGAAAGACACCCCCAUUGUUCAAGGAACAAAACUUUUAGAAAUUUCGACUAUGUCGAAAACGGAUCAGACGGUCAACGCUUCCAACGCUUCCCCGGGUGACAGGGAGCAAGAUCAAACCAAGAGUUGUGUUUGCUGCGAGGAAUCGGAAUCGUUUGAUAAUUGUGUGCAGUGCGAUGAAUGCCACGGCUGGUGGCAUUAUACUUGCGCGGAGGAGACGGCUUCGGUGAAAGACCGAUCUUUCGUUUGUGCCCACUGUGUACCAUUGAGUGUUUGCUCCCAAACAACUACCUCCAGCGUUAGGGCGGCCCGUUUGGCCCUGAAGAAACAACAAUUGGAAGAGCAGCAAGCGAUGGAGCAACGUCAUCUCACCGAAAAAUACAAGCUUCUAGAAGAGGAGCUAAAGGAGGCGGAAGAAACGGGCAGCAACCGAAGCAGGAUUAGUCUCGGGAUUAGCAAGAAGUCGAGCCUGGAAAAAGUCAAGCAGUGGCAGCAGAAAUGCGCUGAUCAGUCUGAGGGCGCGCGUGGGUAUACACUGGCAAAACAAUCGGCAGACCCCGUAGCAGUUCCCCAAAUUGUGCAGAUUGGACCACACGAUGAGAAAAAGGCCGAUGGAUCGGAAACCGACGCAGUUCUAGCGAAGCAGCAAUCGAAGGUUGUUGCCAACGAGCCGACUUUCGGCGCGCAAGCAGCAGUGCAACAACAACCGAAUAUUAUCGUUACGGACGGACGUCAAGAAUGCAGUUUCGGCAGCCCGCCGUGGAAUUCGACGGCCAGACCGUUCAGCCGUCGGGACGCAAACGUCGUUCAGCGGAAUCAGCAGCAGAAAUCCGGCGCGAUUCCGAAAACGACUGCGAAACUGCAAGAGGUAGCAUUACAACCAGGUAAACCCGACCCCAAAGUGUCCCCCGUAGCACCUGAAGGUAAGCCACUUCAUAAUCCAAUAAAUAAUACACCCGCACAUCCAUUGUAUGAAAACUCCCUCCAACACAUUGUCAAACAAUUUGGAUCGUUGGCACCAUCUGCCACAGUUUCCUCCUUUGACGCAAGUAUGCACCCGCUUGCGACAAAUAUUCUUCCGUCGUUUGGAACGAGUGUUGGCAUUCCGCCACCGGCAAAUCCGAUUCUAUCCUCCGGAUUAGCUCCCCCACCUGCGGGACUGCCGAAUAUUAGCCAUCCACCAACGGCAAAUCCGAUCUCUUUCGGAUUAGUUCCCCCACAUUUGAGACUGCCGAAUGUUGGCCCUCCGCCACAAGCAAAUCCGGUUCUAUCCAUUGGAUCAGUUUCCGCUCCACUGGGAUUGUCAUUAGUCAAUCAGUUCACACCCUCCCCCUCGCAGUUAGCCGCGCGUCAAGUGAUGUCACGUGAUCUACCAACGUUUUCUGGCGACCCCGCAGAUUGGCCCAUAUUCAUCAGCAGCUUCAUGAAUAGUUCGCUGGCAUGCGGCUACAACAGCGCGGAAAAUCUCGCGCGACUCCAACGCUGUUUGAAAGGGGGCGCGUACGAGUCCGUCAAAAGUCGGUUGCUACUUCCCGAAUCAGUGCCUCAAGUGAUCGAUACUCUUCGUUUGCUGUAUGGACGACCGGAAUUGUUAAUUAGUGCUCUGCUACAAAAGGUGCGCAGUGUUCCAGCGCCGAAAGCGGAAAAAUUGGAAACCAUCAUCGACUUCGGUAUGGCAGUGCGCAGUCUUUGCGAUCACCUGGAGGCAGCUGGUCAACAAGAACACCUUUGCAACCCAACGUUGCUGAUGGAGCUGGUGGAGAAACUGCCUGCUCACACCAAGAUGCAGUGGGCGGAUCAUAUUCAACGACAUGCAGUAGUCAAUCUCAAGGUUUUUGGUGAUUUCAUGCUCGGAGUAGUUACAUCUAUCAGCCGAGUUACCAUGUACGUCGGCGGUGGUAACAGUCAACAAAAGUCGAAACAUAAGGGAGCAGUGAACGCUCACACCAGUGAAGCCGAAACAGUUCGUGAAACGGUGCGGGAAAAAGAGCGAACGUGUGUUUGCUGCAAGAAGCCGGGGCAUCGUCUCUCCGAGUGUACGGCGUUUAAGUCGUAUACAGUAGACAAUCGAUGGAAGUUUACGCAAAAUAAUGGACUCUGUCGGAGUUGUCUCAACGCACACGGAAGGAGGAGUUGCAGAAACGCAACGCAGUGUGUGUACGAAGGAUGCCAAUUUCGCCACCAUCCUCUACUGCAUUCUAAUCGCCAUAAUAACAACGGAAGGUCUACACCAGGGAUGGUAACAGUACAGAAUCAUACACACCGGCAAUUCAAGCAAAUCCUGCUGUUCCGCAUCAUUCCAGUUAUCAUCUCCGGGCCGCGAGCUACCAUAGAAACUUUUGCCUUUCUGGACGACGGCUCGGACCUAUCGCUCAUCGAAAGCGACCUCAUUGAGCAACUGGGUAUCGAAGGCUGGAAGAAUCCUCUGUGCCUGAAAUGGACUGGGAACGUUACUAGGGUGGAGUCAGAGUCGAAGCAAGUUCGAAUCAUGAUCAGUGGAACGGGUGGUCAGCAGCAAUUCGCCCUCAAUGACGUUCGUACCGUGAAAGCGCUGACAUUGCCGGAACAGAGCCUCGACUAUGGAGAAAUAUCACAACGUUACCGUUAUCUUCAGGGUUUGCCGAUCGUUGGAUACGAAAAGGCCGUCCCGCGUUUAUUGAUAGGUGUCAACAACGCGAGACUCACAGUUCCACUUCAAAUUAGAGAAGGCGGGCAGAGCGAGCCGAUCGCCGUGAAAACGAGAUUGGGAUGGUGUUUAUUUGGAGGCCGCGGUAAGGAAACGCCACACUCGCUAAACUUCCAUACAUGCGAAUGUUCCAGCGACCAAGAUCUGCACAAUGCCGUGAAGGAUUAUUUCGCAAUGGAGAAUAUUGGUGUGACAUCGUCCGUUGUGCUAGAAUCCGAGGAAGAUAAGCGUGCAAAAACAAUCAUGGAGCAGACGACAGCUCGUGUUGGUGAGCAGUUUGAAACUGGUCUACUGUGGAAGUACAACGACAUAGAGUUUCCGGACAACUAUAGCAUGGCAGUUAAGCGGUUCGAAUGUUUAGAACGCAGGAUGUCUCGAGAGCCCGAGUUAGCGGCUAACCUGAAGAAUCAGAUAGCCGAAUACCAACUAAAAGGCUAUGCCCAUAUAGCGACAAAGGAAGAGUUAGCACAAGCAGACCCGAAGCGAGUUUGGUAUCUGCCAUUGGGCGUAGUGACAAAUCCGCGCAAACCUGGGAAAGUCCGACUAAUAUGGGACGCUGCCGCGAAAGUGGAUGGAAUAUCUUUAAACUCUAUGCUGCUCAAAGGCCCGGACCAGCUGACAUCGCUUCCUGCAGUUUUGUCACGUUUUCGGCAGUUCAAGGUAGCAGUUUCAGCAGAUAUAAAGGACCAGAUCGUCACUCACAGCGCUUCUUGUUCCGAAGCAACCCGUCAGAUCCCUUAG